ACGCCAUCGCCAUCAGAGCAAGAUGGCGGCGUCCUUUAGAGUUCUCAUGCGAAAAGCACUUUACUGUCCAGCUCGGAAUGUCCAGUCAGUGUGCAGGACCCGGGUUAGAGGAUCACUUUAUUAUUCUGCAGAAGGGUCGAUAUGUCGGAGCUACGUCGGAGUUUCGGAAGGAAAAGACGUUCAUUUUGGAUUCGAGACGGUGACGGAAGAGGAGAAAGCAGAAAGAGUGUAUAAAGUGUUUGAGAGCGUUGCUCAGAAGUAUGAUGUGAUGAACGACGCGAUGAGUCUGGGCAUCCAUCGUCUGUGGAAAGACACACUGCUGCGUGUGAUGAACCCUCAGCCUGGGCUCCGGCUGCUGGACACGGCCGGGGGCACCGGUGACAUCUCCUUCCGUUUCCUGAAUUACACACGUUCGGUGCGUGACAUGCAGCUGCGUCGGAGAGCACGGGCCAAUCAGACGCCUUCGUGGCAGGACAUCUCCGCCGGUUAUGGCUCGGAGGGGGCGGAGCUUCCAGAAUCUCGAGCGGUGGUGUGUGACAUCAAUAAAGAAAUGCUGAAGGUGGGGAAAGAACGGGCAGAGAGCGCCGGAAUCACUACAGGCUUGUCGUGGGUAGUGGGUGACGCCGAGGAGCUUCCGUUCGACGAUGAUCAAUUUGACAUUUACACCAUCGCCUUCGGCAUCCGGAACGUCACUCACAUCGAGCAAGCUCUGCAGGAAGCUCUGCGUGUGCUUAAACCAGGUGGACGUUUCAUGUGUCUAGAGUUCAGCAAAGUGUCCAACCCUCUUCUGUCCAGGCUCUAUGAUGCCUACAGUUUCCAGAUGAUUCCAGUUCUAGGUGAGGUGAUCGCUGGAGACUGGAAGUCGUAUCAGUAUCUGGUGGAGAGCAUCCGCAAGUUUCCUGAUCAGGAAACCUUUAAGGAAAUGAUGGAGGACGUUGGUUUCUCCCAUGUGCAGUACACUAAUCUCAGUGGAGGAAUCGUUGCUCUUCAUUCAGGGUUCAAGCUUUGAUGUUCAUCUCAAACUCCCAUAGAUGGAUUGUGUGGACACACACACACACACACACACACACACACACGCACACAGAGGACUCCAUGUUGUAUCAGAGGAAAAACUCUUCAGCGGAGAUCUUUAACGGACACGACGCUACGUGGCUGUGCGCUAGAACCUCGUAAUACACAGAGACUCCACAGAAAUCACGACUCGUUUCGCCAAAAAUCGACUGAUCUAGCUGAGCGAGGGACGUCUAUGGCUAGCGGUUUGGGCGUUGGGCUGUAGGGUCUGAAAGAUCAUUUAUUAUUUAAAAAACACAGAAAAUCGGAUGGAAUUUGCAUUAAAAUGUUUUUAUCAACACAAAUCUGGAGUUCAUUUUAAAUCUGACUAGCAAUCACAACAAAUGAGAGAGAAAGUUAAGGAAGUGUAGGAAGUGGGCGGAACCUCCAUUAGUGUGCACUUUAUCGCUCACUGCCUUGAGUGGCAGAUUGAAUGUGAUAGACUGAAUUAUUGUUGUUGUUGUUGUUUACAAUUUCCUACAUUACCAACAGCACUCUUCAACAACUUGCUGAUCCUAAUGCAGCAGGAUUUAGCCUUCGCUUCAUCUUUACCGAACACGAGCAGUGCAGCAGAGCUUUAAGGCUGAUUUAUGCUUCUUUGGGCGAGUUUCCUUUGUUGCCGUAACACGGGUGUGUCCACUAGGGGGCAGUGUCACAUGAACCACACCAGACUUUAUGAAAGCGGUAAAGGAAAUGGAAAUUUCCAUGUUUUACUGUGAGAACCAUGAACAGAAGGCGACAUGGGCGUGUCCUCGUUUUGUAAGCACUCACACAUGCUGGUUCGUUUAACUAUAUUUUUAUUCAUUUUAACUCUAGUGUUAGGUUUGUUUUUAUUUAUGUUGCUAUGGCAACACAUUAUUUAUCCUUAGAAGAAAAUUUACAAGUUUGAGGCUCUCAGAUCUUUACAGUAUUCACAGUGUGUGUUGAGGAGCCCAGGAUUAACACAGAAAUGCACUUAUUUUUUGUUCCUUCAGUCUCCAAAGCUGAGCUCCAGUGUGAUGUAUCAUAGUAGAGAACAGUAGAGCAGAUUAAAUACAGUAUUGUGUUGUACAGUAAAGUUUAAUAAAUAAAUCUCAGCUCAAUCUGUAUCUCAGCUUUAUAGUUGUGUUCUAGGAGAGCAAAAUACAGUACAGGAUGCUACAGCAGUCCAAAUCGCUAUGAUGAAGUAGAUUCAAUUAUUAUUCUUAAUGUUUAAUAGAUAAAACGGAUAAAAAAUAUAUUUUACUAAAGUACAGUAGAUAAAAUGGAUACUAAAGAACAGAACAGCAGAUAAAAUAGGUAUAUUCCCAUCAACACUUGUGCACUGCAUGUGUAGUUCAACUCAAACUGACCAGUUUAAAAGUUUUCUUUAAAAAAGGUAAGAGGUUAGCCUUUGUGUUUUUGGAUCAAAGAUUUGACGUUCUCAAAUGGUCAGUAAAUUCAUACCGUGUGUUAGUUUUGACCUCCUAAACAUGCCGUGUGAAUUUGGAGAAGAUCUGAGAACGUCAUAUUUUUCACUCCAAAAAACACGAAGACUAACCCCUUACCUUUUCCUAAUUUUUGGUGAAAAAUUUGACGUUCUCAGAUCUUCUCCAAAUUCACACUGUGUGUUAUGGAGGUCAGUUUGAACUGAUGAGUCUGAUUAGUUUCAUCUGAUCAUCCUCCAGAGCUGAGAUCUGAGCCUCUCACUUCCACUAUAGCAAACUCAAUAUACAGUGGAUUACAUAUGAUACUGUAUCUCAGCUUUGGAGCAUGACAGAACAAAACUAUUUGCUCUCCUGUGUUAUGCUUCAUCACCUCAAUGCACAGUGUGAAUUUUGGGAAGAUCUGAGAACCUCAAAUUUUUCACUAAAAAAUUAGAUAAAGGUAAGAGUCUUUAUUUAAAAGUCUUUGUGUAUUUUUGGUGAAAAAUUUGACGUUCCCAGAUCUCCUCCAAAUUCAUACCACGUGUUAAGGAGCUCAAGAAGGUGUUUUGUUCCAUAAUUCUAGAAAUCUGACAGUGAUGUAGUGUUAUAUAUUACACAGAUACUUAUAAAUACAGUACAGUAGAUAAUCUAUUAUCAGUAUAGGGAGGUUUAGUAGAUGAAUCAGUUAUAAUUGUUAGAUUCCUGGAGAGUAAAAUCCAGUAGUCUGUACACUGCAUCUGUAGAUUUACUGAAACUCACCAUUUCAUUUUUUCACAUUUUUUGUGUCCUCAAGCUGAGUAUUUUAUUGAGGAUAAUUUAUAGUAAGUGAGUGGCUCAGAUCUCAGCUCUGGAGGAUGAUCAGGUGAAACUAAUUAGACUCGUCAGUUCAUAUAACACACAGUGUGAAUUUGAAGAAGAUUUGAGGACGUCGAAUUUUUCAUCAAAAAUCAGGAAAAAUAUAAGGGGUUAGACGUUCUCAGAUCUUCUCCAAAUUCAUAUCACAUGUUAAGAAAGUCAAGACUAACACAGGAGUGUAAUUUGUUUUGUUUUUUUUCUGUCACACUCAAAGCUGAGAUACAGCAUCUAUAAUGCACUGUAUAGUUUACUUAAACCUGUAUAUUUUAUUGAGGGUAAUUUAUUGUGGAAAUCAGAGGCUCAGAUCUCAGCUCUGGAGGAUGAUCAGAUGAAACUAAUCAGACUUGUCAGUUUAUUUUGACCUCCAUAACACACAGUGUGAAUUUGGAGAAGAUCUGAGAACGUCAAAUCUUUCACCAAAAAUUAGGAAAAGGUAAGGGGUUAGUCGUCGUGUUUUUUGGAGUGAAAAAUUUGACGUUCCCAGAUCUUCUCCAAAUUCACACGGCAUGUUUAGGAGGUCAAGAAGGUGUUUUGUUCCAUAAUUCUAGACAUCUGACACUAUAUGUCAUAUUUAUAUUACACAGAUACUUAUGAAUACAGUACAGUAGAUAAUCUAGUAUCAGUGUAGUGGAGUAUAGUGAGGUUUAGUAGAGGAAUCAUUUAUAAUUGUUUGAUUCUAGGAGAGUAAAAUCCAGUAGUCUGUAGUUUCACCAUCAAAAUUUUUUUUACAUUUUUGGGCACAUUUUUUUUGCAAAUAUAAGGUAAGAUUUUUGGUUUGAGCCUUUAUGUUUUUGAUUUUCAGUAAAAUCAUCCUGUGUGUUAGAGAGAUCCAAACAAACACAGGAGUCUGAUUAGUUUCAUCUGGUCAUCAUGCUCAUAAAAUACACCCAGGUUUAGUAAUCUAUGUCCACUAUAGAUGCUGUAUCUCAGCUUUGGGGAAUGACAGAACAAAACAAAAGUACAUUACUGUUAGUCUUGAGCUCCUUAACACAUCGGGGAAAAUUUGGAGAAGAUCAAAGUUUUCACCAAAAAAACCCGCAAAGACUAACCCCUUACCUUUUUCCUAAUUUUUUAUGAAAAAAUUGACUUUCUCAGAUCUUCUCCAAAUUCACACUGUGUGUUAUGGAGGUCGAUAUGAACUGAUUAGUUUCCUCUGAUCAUCCUCCAGAGCUGAGAUCUGAGCCUCUAAAUUUCCACUAUAGCAAACUUAAUAAUAUACAGUGGAACCUCUGCAUGCCCUCCCUAACGAAUUCUCACCUUAAGAAUUAAAAUUUUGUAAGAAAUUAGCUUCAGCAUACAAGGCAUUUUCAGCAUACAAAUGAACCGAACCAAACGCCAGCUAAGUUGCGCGUACAUCUGGGAGCCGUUCAAAACUUGUUCGCGUCAGUGGAAAGCCGAGCGAAGCGUGUUUCUGAAUUUUAGGAUCGUUUUUCAGUCAAAGCUGUUUUGAGUCAACCCACGAACUAAGGGGCCGAGCCCAGACCUCUGAAAUACACCACCUGAAUUUGGAAGGGUGUCCCAAAACGUUUAAGAAUAUAGUGUAUCUACCUGGAAAAUGGAGAUGAAGAAAAGACAAUUAGAAUAAAUAGAGAUAAAAAAAGACACACACAAAGAAAGACAAGUAUUUUCAAUUGAAUAAAAUCCAUAUAUUGUUUUUUUUUCCAAAUCUUUGUACACU